AUGACUUCAGUAAUUGAUAAACCAUACGUACAUGAAGGUGGAAUUCGACCAUAUUAUGAACAACAAAUUCAAAAUACAGAAAUAGAGAUACAACAAACAACUCAAAAUUUACGUAGAUUAGAAGCUCAAAGAAAUAAAUUAAAUAAUAAUGUAAGACAAUUAAAAGAUGAAUUAAGAUUAUUACAAGAACCUGGAUCAUUUGUUGGUGAAGUUAUAAAAGUAAUGGGAUUAAAAAAAGUAUUAGUAAAAAUUCAUCCAGAAGGUAAAUAUAUAGUCAAUAUUACAAAAGAUAUAGAUGUUAAAAAAUUAACACCAUCAAUAAGAGUAUGUUUAAAAGCUGAUAGUCAUGAUCUUUAUAAAAUUUUACCAAAUAAAAUAGAUCCAUUAGUUUCAUUAAUGAUGGUUGAAAAAGUACCUGAUUCAACUUAUGAUAUGGUUGGUGGAUUAGAUAAACAAAUUAAAGAAAUUAAAGAAGUUAUUGAAUUACCUGUGAAAUAUCCUGAAUUAUUUACAAGUUUAGGAAUUGCUCAACCAAAAGGUGUUAUAUUAUAUGGUCCACCAGGUACAGGAAAAACAUUAUUAGCAAGAGCAGUAGCUCAUCAUACAGAAUGUAAAUUUAUAAGAGUUUCUGGAUCAGAAUUAGUACAAAAAUAUAUUGGUGAAGGUUCAAGAAUGGUCAGAGAAUUAUUCGUAAUGGCAAGAGAACAUGCACCAUCAAUUAUAUUUAUGGAUGAAAUUGAUUCUAUUGGAUCUUCUAGAGUUGAAGGUUCUUCUGGUGGUGAUUCAGAAGUUCAAAGAACAAUGUUGGAAUUAUUAAAUCAAUUAGAUGGAUUUGAAAGUUCAAAAGAUAUUAAAAUAAUAAUGGCAACAAAUAGAUUAGAUAUCUUGGAUCCAGCACUUUUAAGACCAGGUAGAAUAGAUAGAAAAAUAGAAUUUCCUGCACCUACAUUACAAGCAAGAACAGAUAUUUUAAAAAUUCAUUCAAGAUCAAUGAAUUUAACAAGAGGUAUAAAUUUAAAAAAAAUUGCAGAAAAAAUGAAUGGAUGUUCUGGAGCUGAUGUUAAAGGUGUUUGUACAGAAGCUGGGAUGUAUGCAUUAAGAGAAAGAAGAAUUCAUGUAACUCAAGAAGAUUUUGAAUUAGCUGUUGCUAAAGUAAUGUCAAAAAGUAAUGAAGAAGGUGUUUCUUUACAAAAAUUAUUUAAAUAG